UUUAACCAAUGACAAGAUUGGAUUAAGAAGGAAGUUACAGUCGUGCAGAUGUUAUAUUGUGAUGCAAAGGCCACCAGCAUCAGAGAACACCUGAUAAUUCGGUUGCAAUGGCUGCGGUGGACAGCUUCUCCCUCUUGAUGCGGGAGAUCGGACGGUCCUACCACUACUGCAUGGAGAUGCUGGCGGUUGUGGGCGCUUUCUAUGCGAGCAAGGUGUGCGUCACCGUUUUGAGUGAUACCUACGUGCUGAUCAGGGUGCAUUUCGUUCCACGGAUCUUUGGCCGGCCUGACUUAAGCAAGCGGUAUGGAAAAUGGGCUGUGGUCACAGGAGGAACCUCGGGCAUCGGCCUUUCCUACGCUAAAGAGCUGGCCAGUUGUGGAAUUGACCUCAUCUUGAUUAGCCAGAACCAGGAAGAAUUAGAAGCUUCCGCUAAAGAGAUCAUGGAGACUUACAACAUCAGCACCAUGACUGUCGUGACGGAUUUUAAUAGGGGCCGCGAGGCCUAUCCGGUCAUUAAGAAGGUUCUGGAAGACAAAGAGAUUGGUGUCUUGGUCAACAAUGUCGGGGUCCUUGACCCUCUGCCCAAUUCCUUCACCAAUUUGACAGAGGCUCAGAUUUGGGAGUUCAUCAAUGUAAACAUUGGAGCCGCAAACAUGAUGGCAUACUUGGUGUUGCCGGGCAUGGUGCAGAGGAAGAAGGGGGCCAUCGUCAACAUUUCUUCUAUCAGCUGCUGCAAUCCCUGUCCCCGGUACACAGCAUAUUCGGCCUCCAAGACUUACCUGGAUCACUUCAGUAGAUCCCUUCACUAUGAAUAUGCCCCUCAGGGCAUUUUCAUCCAGAGCUUAAUUCCGUUCUUCGUUUGCCCCAACGUGACAAAGCUGAGUAGCACCCUCUCCAAAAUGAGCUUUUUCGUGCCUUCUCCGGAUGAGUAUGCUUGUCACGCCAUCACCACCCUCGGAGUCUCCCGAAGGACCACAGGAUAUUGGCCACAUACGCUCUUGAUGAUUUUUGCAAGGUUUGUUCCUGAAUGGUUCUGGGCUUGGAUGGUACCCAGGAUAAAUUAUUGCCAGAAGUCACUUUGAAAAAAAAUGCCUGCAAAGAUCUUGCCUUGAGCACCGAUAACAUCUGGACUGUAGCUACAACAGGAAUCCUUUCUUGCUUGCAUUUGUGAGGUUCCCAAAAGAUGCCCUAAUUAAUUUACGAGCCUCAAGACAAAGUUCAAAAGAAAUCCAGUCAUUUAUUAGGAGCAACAUUUUGGCUUUUCCUGCCACAGAGACAGAUCUGAUUUCCAUUUAAUGGUGGCUGAACUUUACCCCUGUGUCUCCCCUCCCCUCAGUCUGUGUCGUAAAUCACACCCACCAAUGAAGUGCUGCAGCAGGUUGUAAAAUUUCAUGCCUCACACACCUGCUGUAAAAAUCUGAGAUUCCGACCCUGGUCGAAGGUUUGCAUGGAAUUCUUCCCCCUCUUUCUUCCAAUGUCAACUUGAUAAUAGGCAUGGAAAUGCUUUACAAGUUGACAGCAUUAUUUGUUUGAAAUCAUGUACUUGAGAUUCGAAGGAAGUUUAGCUUAGACGUAGCUGAAAGAAAACCCUUGAAACAAACUUUUAGAGAGCCGGAAUAGUAUUCUCCACCCCGAGGCAUCAUUUAUGUAGAGUUCUUCGUGGCUCCUCCAUGAAAGUCCGAAGAAAGCUGUAGGUGACGGAGAAAUUGAGUUGUUGAAGAACUUGGGUUCCAGAAGAGCAAAAAAGAAAGAAAUAGCUGCCAAUGGGGCGUCGCAGAUCAACUUUCUCCAACCUCGUGCGCUGGGCUACUACGCUCAUCAACCCACACUGAAUGAUAUCUGAUGGGAGUUUGAUGCAAUGUUACCCUCAAAGCUAUCUCAGGAUACAACUGUUCAGCGGAGAUUUCCUUCUUCAAACCAGUGUGAUCUUGUGCUUUUAUCAGGAAAUCAUGUUGUUGUAUGUGUAUGGCGUCUACUUAGUGGUCAGUGCUGUGAUGGAUGUUAGGAUCUCGACUUGACAUGGCUGUCUCACGGGGGUGUUGGUGGCCCAGAGUCCUUGACUUUUCAGCCUCACUACAAGGCUAAGGGUUGCUAUACAGCAAGGGCAUCAAACUCGACUUCAUGGAGGGCCGCAUCAGGGUUCUGUUUGACCUUGCGGGGCCAGAGUGGGUAUGGCCAGCUCGACAUCACUUGUGUCAGGAGCACAUAGAGUGGCCCGAGUGCUAUGCCAGCGAAAAAGGGCUCCUGAGCUCCAUUUCUGGCUGCAAUGGCCUCCUGCAGCCCUCUGCCAGCGGAAAUGGAGCUCCGGAGGGCCAUGUGAGGCCCUCCAGAGCUCCGUUUUCACUGACAGAGACACCGCGGGCCAGUCCUUCGCUGUUUCCAGGGUGGCCCCAUGGGCCAGAUCUAAGCAUCCCGUAGGCUGGGUCUGGCUCACAGCCCUUGAGUUUGACACCCCUGCUAUACAGGUUCUUUCACAACUUCCCAAACUGUCUUGCUCUAGAAGUGUUAAUCUCUGGAAAGGAGACAAAUUCUGAACUGUUCUGGAUUUUAUUUUAUUUUACUGAGGUAAACAGGACGAUUGUUAGCACCGUAGCUGUAGAUGAAGUUAUUUUAUGAAUUCUUCUGUAUGGGGAAAAAUAUGUCUUCUUAUUCCCUCCCACUGCUGGCUGGCUGGGGAAAGAGUGGUCCUACAGUGUAUCUAAAAUGGGCCGAUUGACCAGUUGCAAGAGGGCCGUGAACAAUUUUAAGCAUCCAUUAGGUUUAAUUUCUGUGAAAGCUGUCACGGAAAUACGGGUCUUCUCCCCAGACAGGGUGGCUGAUGAACUGUUUGCUGCUGGUCUCUUUUGAGUUGGAUGUGCUCUCUAGAAUCAGGGCACAGUUAUCCCGAGUUAAGACAGGUACAUGAGGUUGGGGGGGGGCUGUCUCCUCUUUUUUGUAGCCUUUAUGGGAAGUAUACCCCAAAAGGACAGGGCCAGAAACCUCACACCACCAGAAACCUCAGAAAAUAGUGCCAAGAGACUCAGCUGGAGUUUCGGUUUACCUUGGAGAAUUUAUUUUUAGCCUGAUUCCCCUUAUCUUAAUGGCUCUACUUAAGUGUUCCUUUCAGGUGGUGCUUUUGCCUGGGGUUUUCUUAAUGGGGGAAGGGCUGGCUAAAGUCUCUUGGCACUGUUUUCUGAGGUUUCUGGUGUAGUGAGGUUUCUGGCACUGUCCUUUUGGGGUAUACUUCCCACACCUUAGAGACCAUUGAACCAGGAUUGGUAAAAAACAAAAAACAAAAAAAACACCCCAGCUCUGCUUCCCAACAUUUUGGGGACAGGACACAUAGGAAUGAAAAUUGUACAGUGGUGUAAAAGUAAAGCAGCAAGUAAGGGUUAUGAACAAUGCUAGCAGCUGUUAGACCCGGUUUGUAUACUUGUUUGGCCCUGAAUUUGUAAACCAUGGUUUGGUAAAUAAACCCACAGCGUUGAAAGCCAUAAAUCAUGGUGGACAAACUCUUUGCUUAAUAUUCUAAAACAAAGGCAAAGAUGCCACAGCAUGGCUUGGUUUUUUAUUAGAUGUAAUAACAAGCUUCCAAGAUUUUGAGCGAUCUAGCCACAUGAAUAAAUUGAUACUUCCCCCCUCUUCAACUAGCAGAUUUGCUGGCUGUGCAAAACUAUUUAAAAAGAUAAGUCAGAAGUUACUUAGUCCUCAAAGCAAAUAGAGAAGGAACCUUCUGUUUUUAAGUGAGCAGAACUUUCUACUAUGUGUUAGACCUGGAGUUAUAGUCAUGAUAUCAAACUGAACUGGAUCAUCUUUUUUUUUUCUUUUAAAGUCUUAGCCAUAAUGUCAAGUGGUUUGAACUGACAAGUGUUUGCUCUAGUAAAGUCUUACUCCUAUGGAAA